AUGUCGCGACGACCAGCCCCCAACCCGGCCGCUGAGCGCGCCGCGCAGAACCAGCAGACCAUCAAGAGCCUGCUGAAGCUGGAGCCCAACAAGGUCUGCGCCGACUGCAAGCGAAACAAGCACCCCCGCUGGGCAUCGUGGAACCUCGGCGUUUUCGUCUGCAUCCGCUGUUCGGGCAUCCACCGUGGCAUGGGCACGCACAUCUCGCGCGUCAAGUCCGUCGACCUCGACUCCUGGACCGACGAGCAGCUCAAGAGCAUACUCGAAUGGGGCAACUCGCGCGCCAACAAGUACUGGGAGGCCAAGCUGGCGGCCGGCCACGUGCCGUCCGAGGCCAAGAUCGAAAACUUUAUCCGCACCAAGUACGAGAUGAAGCGGUGGGUCAUGGACGGGGGCAUCCCGGCGGACUUGUCGACUCUGGACGCCGACGGCGACGACGACAUCCCCCUGAGCAUCGUCAAGGAGAAGCAGGCCAUCGACCGCAAGGAGUCCAUCCGCAAGGCGUCCAUCGGCAGGUCCGCCAAACCAGCCUCAGCCUCGGCCGCGCCAGCUGCACCCGCUGCCUCCAUCGAUCUUAUCGGCGGCGGCUUUGAUGCUGCGCCCAUCUCGUCAACGCCACCCCCACGGGCCAGCACAGCUGGCCCCCCGGCCGCACGCAUACCGCCCAAGGCCGAUGCGGCACCGCCAAAGACUACGCCCGCCGCCGCUGCCAACAACAACAACGCAAAGGACUCUCUGCUGGGUCUCGACUUUUUCGGCAGCGCACAGCCUGCGGCGCCUGCACGGCCGUCGAGCACGACGGGCACUGCGGGCGGUGCCUCUGCGGCCCAGUCGCGGCCGGAUCUCAAGCAAUCCAUCCUCUCCCUUUAUGCUACGGCACCCCGAGUCCAGCAGCAGCAGCAGCAGCAGCAACAACAACAGCAAAACGUGAGUGGCUUUGGCGGUAUGCCUUCACCAGGUCAGAAUGCCGGCGGCGGGUUUGUCGAUGCAUUUAGCAGCCUGAGCUUCUCGUCCACGCCGGCCGCACCGGCCGCCAUCUCACCGAAGCCAGUUGAUGCCUUUGCUGGUCUCUCGGGCUUCACCAACGCGGGCGCUACCCGCUCCCCCCCGCCCGCCGCAUCCUCGUCUGCCUUUGGUGGUCUGGGCGGUGGCAGUUUCUUUGACAACAAGCCGGCGGCUGCACCCGCACAGCCGCCCAAGCCGGCAGCGACUUCGGCGUCGUCGUCGUCGUCGGCCUUUGGCGGCCUUGGCGGCUUCGACGCCUUCUCCUCCUCUCCCUCGCCGCCCGCGGCCAAGCCUGCCGCCGCUCCCGCAUCCGGCGCCUUUGGCGACCUGUUUGACUUUUCUGCACCGGCCCCGGCCGCUCCUGCUGCCACAUCACCACCACCCGCAGCGGCUGUGAGUCCGCCGCCCGGCGCGUCCGCGUCCAUGAACUCUGUGUUCAACCUGAGCCAGCCUGCCGCCAAGACCGCCGUCAGCCCACCCACGGCCACGGCCGCCGCCGCCACCAGCCCGCUGGCCAGCGUCAGCGCCAACUGGGGCAACUCGGACGUUUGGGGCAGCAACGACGGCUGGGGCUCGUCAGCGCCUGCGCCGGCCGGCGCUGCCGCCGCGCCUGCGAUCACGACUACCUCGUCCUUUCAGAACACGGGCCUCGGCAAGGCCUCCACGGCCAACGACUUUGGCUGGGGUGGCAGCGGCAGCGGCGGCAGCGGCGGGGGGGCCGGCGCUGGUACCGGCGCUUCGUUUGCCAACCAGAGCAUUGUCCCUGGUGCCGGCGGCGGAUUUGCGCCUGCGCCCAAGGUCGCUGCGGACGAGGAGUUUGGUGGCUGGUCGUCGAGCACGGCGGCUGCCGCCAACAACGGCGUGAAGCCUGCGGCGGGUUUCGGCGCCAACGAGGACCUGUUUUCCAACGUGUGGAACUAG